AAUUUAACACGCGAACUAGCUAGGCCAUUACUUAUAUAAAUGCUUUAUACAAACUCAAACUUUAACUUUAUAUUAUCACGCCAUAUUCAUAUAAAGUUAACCUUAUAUAUAGGACGAGCUAGCGUUACAUAAUUCUUCCAAUUGUACGAAACUCGAAUUCCAACGUAGAUUUGGCUAAGAAGAUCAAAGUUGGUAUUGAGAAUCACGGCUUAUUUGUAUUAGUAUCGUUUGCAAGGAUGAGAAACAAUUUAGGAUCAUACAAAAUGCGCGGUUUGAUUGAGCUUAUACAACUCUAUAGAGCAAAAACAAACAAUCCAUUGGCUAAUAAUGCUGUUUUUUCGAAUUCUAGGCGAAGAAUUGGAGAUAAUAAUGGCUCUUUUAUUAAUGUGCAAUCUACUGGAAGUAGAAAAAUGAUUCGUGCUGAUGGUGCUUCUACUUCUGGCGGAACGGGAGGCGAUGGAAAGCCAACACCACCGUUACCUAAACCACCUUCUCCUAAACCACGGCCACCACCAGCUAGGCGUGUUUCGUGGAUAAAAAUGGUUUUAGGCUCUAUGUUUUCUCUACUUCUAGCAUUUUGGGCACCUAAAUGGACAACUCUUCUUAGAAUAGGAGGUGAGGCGGAAGUAGUGUUGAAAGAAGUAGAACAAGUGGCGGAAGUGGUAGAGAAGGUGGCAACCGUGACGGAGAGGCUUUCGGAGGAGGUGGCUAAUGAACUUCCUGAUGGUAACAAAUUUAAGGAAGCAGCUUUGGUUGUCGAGCAUGUUUCAGAGGAGGCUGCUAAGGAUGCUCACUUAGCUGAAGAAAUCAUACAUAAGGUGGAUGUGAUGAAGCAAGACUUUGAAGACGUGGAAGAGAAACUAGAACCCUUUAUUGAAAAAAUUGUACAUGACAAAAAGUCUAGCAACAAAUUGUAGCAUGCAAACCGAAAUUAUCGAAUAAUAUUCCAUUGUUUUCAAUAA